AUGUCUUGGGAUUUGUUAAAGCGCUUUAUCGAGUCCGAUGUUUUCAAUCAGAAUCCAUUCCUCUCCGUAGCCUACCUAUCACGUUUUUGGUUGUUUCAAACAUACCUUCAUGAUCUUUCCGCGAAUCCUCAAUCUGAAGCCUUCAAGACGUGUAGACGGAUAUACAAUAAGGUCCAGCAUAUCGUAUUCGGGCUUUCGGAAACUCCAACGAAGAAAAUCAGUGAAAAUGUUUUACCUGUUACGGUCCUGGCAAGUUUUGUUCUAGCGAGUAUUGCAGUUCCAUUUCUACCAAAGUGGGCUGGACCGUUGGCUAUUUCACAAGCGCGGAAACCUCAAAGUACGGGAAAUGUGGUCGCAGAUACCAGUCAGAUGCAGACUCAAAAGAUUGUUCGAAGUCAUACAACGACCCCGGGAUCUACUCGAACAAAACAGAGGAGAGAGGCUGCCAGAAAUGCGAGCGCCCCUGGUGGUAGUGAACACAUAAGACCCUCUCAUCUUGAUCUGAAAGCAUUGGAUUCUCGAAAUCAGAGCUCGGCAUCUCUUCCAGAACUACGAAAGCCUAUUAUACCUACUAGACCAGCAACUCCUGUGACAGCUGGUCUUCCAACAAGGCUGACUGAACCCAUCAAUAAAAGAUACUCUCAACAUUCACACAGUGGAAAAAUCCUGACUUCAGUGUCAUUGACUCACAAACAGAAAGUUAAACUAUUAAGGCAAAAUUAUUUCCGUUCUCAAACCCAGUUCCUCAGAGCUCUCGAGGAUAUAUCAAAUCGCCUAGUUAUUGUCCCAAAACCUGCACGUCUCAGUGCAUUACGUGCCGAACUUGCUCUGAUCGCGCAGGAUUUACCAGCAGAAGUUGAUAUACCAGUCAUUUGUCCCGCUACCCUGGUGGAUGGACUUCCGAGCAAAAGUAAACAUCACCGUAUCGUUCGUUUGAACCCAGCCGAAGCGACAGUAUUGAAUAGUGCGGAGAAAGUGCCAUAUCUUUUGAUGGUAGAGGUACUUCGAGAUGACUUCUCCUUCAAUCCGGAAACCCUAGAAAAUGACCGUUUGUUGAGCCGAUUAGUGUCAGAGGAAGGAACGCAUAAGAGACGAAGAUUCGACCUUUCAGAAUCUGGACGAUCAUACAGUAAUAACAGCAUCAAAAGUACGGAUAAUACCUCCGAUAGUGUUUUUGAGCCAAUCAAUGGCGAUUUGGGCAGCUCACCAUUAAUCAAAGAAAUAGAUCAUGACGAUGAGGAUGCUCAGACGCCAACUUACAAGGAGAAUGUACCAACUCCCCGGCCGGCACAGAUAUCAAGUGGUACAACAACUCAAUCGAGCAUAUCCGGCUUCGUAACACCCAGGACAUCCGGAACAUCAACGUCUAGAUCUAGCAGUCCUACACCAAAAAGAACGAUGACACUUCCUGGAGUUGGUAGAUCAGGGGAAAAAGAUCAACCAGACUUUUCUACUCUUACAACACAUAUCAGGACCGCUACGCAAAUGCUCACCCAGCUCAAUUCGACGAGCGGGAAGAGACCCAGACAUGAGGUCGAUGCAAUUCGUCAUAAAAUCAUAGCCAGUAUACAAAGUCUGGAGGAGCAAAGCUACGAUUCAGAAGAAAUUGGACAAUCGCAAACAUUCGAUAUGAUCAUGGAAAAGGCGAACGCAGCAGCAGCAGCAAAUGUUGCACCGGAAGAUAUCGAGGCAGAAUCACCAUCUGAUUCGGAUGCUGUUAUUAAUGUUGGAGCCGGUGCAGCCCGAAUGGAGAACGAUCAAAAGACUGGUGGUGUUCAGAGGAAAGGGGAUAGAGAUGAUCCGAGCGCUGCGACAUUUGGAGAAGCCUGGAACGUCAAGAAAGAACGAAUUAGAAAGUCAUCGCCAUAUGGGUGGAUGAAGAACUGGGAUGUCUUGAGUGUCAUUGUAAAGACGGGUGCUGAUUUACGGCAAGAGGCAUUUGCAUGUCAGCUCAUCCAAAGCUGUGAUAAGAUUUGGCAGGAAGCGGGAACCCCAGUUUGGGUCAAGCGAAUGAGAAUUUUAGUUACUGGAGAAUCGUCAGAUAUGAUACUUUCCAAUACCGUACACAGAGUAUAUAUUAGCUGGUGGAACAGGAGACUUGACUUAACCGUUCGAAUGAUAUGGAGAUUUCAGUCUAAUGACUUAAAACGAGGAUAUUUUAUGUCCGCAGAAAUUUGCCCAAAACUCGGCGUUGUUUUGACUAGCUGA